AGUUAGACGUACUCGCUACAAUUGACCUUUGUGCAUUUCGAACUUCAUUCUCGCGCCUGUUCUUAUUCCCCGACGAUUCGAAUGACCCCUCCCCUUCUCCGUGGCGAGUCUCGCGCGCGUUGUUGUUUCUUUUCAAUAAAAAAAACCUUGAGAAGAAAAAAGAGCGCGUGAUCUCUCUCGUAAAUUAUGACGCAUAUACGCGAGUGACCGACGAACGAUGUUACACGCCGAUCUAUUUUUUAUUUCGCGCAUAAUUAUACAGGAAACGCUGCUCGCGCGCGUCUCGCCUUUUUCUCCACCACGCUCUUUUAGCUUUCGCGCGGCGUAGUCCUGAAAGUCGCGCCACGGCCAUCGGCCAUUUUACCGCCCGGAGCCAAGUUGGUGCAACUAUGGCCAUCUGACCGCCGCACGCCAAUUCCUCUCCGCAGCGCGUUUACUCUUCUUCGUCAAAACAACAACGUAGUUUUCGACGACAAUUUAUAUACACGGGGCUCGUGUUCGCGCCGUGACGCACGAGACGAUCCGAAACGACGUGCGACGCGACAACUCAUCCGUCAGUCAUGCAACGCGCGACGACAACGUCACCGAGAACGCACUUGUGUAACUGUCGCGUGUGACGUCUAACCUAUGUGACCGCGUUCCGAAGGAAAGAGAAUUACACACGGGGAGAGUGGAUCGCGCACGCACGGGGCGGAGAAGUCCGAGAGUCGCGUCGACUUUCUUACGGGAAGGAAAAACAAAAAAAAGGAGAAAUAAGAAUAAACGCAAUUGCGACGCGAGGAUUGACGGAUUCGACGCGCGUCAACGGGAGCUGAAGGAGAUUUGCACGAGAUCGUUCUUACACGAGGUCACACGCCGGCGCCUCACGAGGAGAACUCCACUUUGUAUAUAUACACGUCAAUCGUUUUAUUUACAAAUCGAACAGGAAACUCCGUCGGCCCGACGGCGAUGUUGCGCCGACGACGCGCACGAAACUACGACGAUGCGAAGAGCCUCCGAGUAACUAAACGGAUUAAUCAACGACGUGUACAAUAAAAAAAAAAAAAAAAGUGUGUUUGCCGCUUUCUGGCUUACUAGCGUAAUACUGAGUUCGCAGUGAAAUUUCAUUCGGUCGAGAGAGAAAGAGAAAGAGAGAAAGAGAGAGAGAAAAAAAAGAGAAUUCAGAAUUAUCUUUUUGCGAUUGUUGUGUGCGACGCGCGUUUUUUGACCAAAUUUUCAUUCGUAUUUAAGCAAUAACACAGCGAGGCCAUUGACAAGAAAGGAAAGAAUACUCCAGUAUUGCAUUACACACACGCACACGCACACGCAUACACACAUGUUACACACCAAUGGAUAGCUGAAAUAUUUUUGUAAGAUUGUAAGGUUUUUAAGGAGAGCAACAGGACCAGCAAAACUGAAACAAUGUUUCAUAUAUGUAAUAGGAUUAUAUCUAAGGUGUUAUGUAAAGAGAGCUGUCCAGAUCAUUGCGGCAUAUGAAGAAAAGUAUUUCUUGCAACGUGCCAGUCAACUUUGCAUAAGAAAUCAUACUAUAUUGAGUGCCACUUAUACUGAGAUAGAAAGAGUGAGAUAUAUAUAUAUAUAUAUAUAUAUAUAUGUAUAUAUAUAUAUACACAGAUUCAAGAACAAUCAGCUUAGUGCCAUGUAUAAAAAUCUCAGAAUCUAUCUGUUGUGAGAUGUAUCAAGGAUAAAGUCUGAUUGGAAGAAUCUUGGAUUUAGUCUGUGUCAUUUACAAGAAAUAUGGAUGAGAGAAGAGUUGCCGAUUAUUUUGUUAUCGCCGGUUUACCUGGUCAGGAUGAGGAGCUUAAUCAGGACAAUGAAGCUAACAACAAGCUGGAGGAUUGGUUCCAGGAGGGCACCCAUCUCAAGGACAUGCACAUGCCACCUCCAAUCACGGAUCUUGCCGUAAUAUUUCCCGCGCUGGGAGAGAACUGUCCUGAGGGAUAUACGCUGUUAGAUAAAACUGUAUCUGGUUAUCCGGCGGACUUGAAUCAUGGUAGUUUAAGAUCGGAAGAGUGUUAUCUGUGCUACAGAAGAGGCCGGGAUAAACCUCCUUUAGUCGAUAUUGGUGUAAUAUACGAUGGCAAAGAACGUAUAAUGCAGGAUGCUGAAAUGGUAUUAGAAACUCCAAAAGGCCAUGUGGCGAAUGUAAAUAAUUCUACUUCGAAAAUUUUUGUAACGUACAGACGAGCAAGUCAAAAGAUGCCUUGCAAUUCACUUGUGGUAACUGACAUAUGUGUUAUCUUGUCGAACAAGGGAGAAAGUCCUCCCCAUGCGUUCUGCGUCAUUAAUAAGAAUCUGAACAAAGGAAUGCUGGGCAGUGAUGUGUUUUUGUGUUACAAAAAGUCGAUGAAUCGCGCGAAUUUGAUAUCGUUUAAACCAGCAAUACUCUACAAAUAUCCCACGGCUGAUUACAACAGUUUUGCCUUUCCGAAUUCCGUCGCCAUGUUUUGUCUACCGAUGGGCGCGACUAUAGAGUGUUGGCCUAAAGUAGCGUGUAAACCUAAGCCAGUAUUCUCGACGUUUGUCUUGACGGUUGCUGAUGCUGCUCAAAAAAUAUACGGUUCAGCAAUAACAUUUUACGAGGAGCUUCAACUUGAAUUGGACACCUCCAAUUGUAAGAACAAUCAGGAAAUCAUGGAAACCAUUGACGAAAAUAAUAAAAAUGCAGAUAUGGAGAUAACGAAAAAUAAACCGCAGGUAAAGAUGAAAUUCAAAAGAUCCGGUAUACUCAAGAAGCUCAGUAUAUCACAAUUGGAAAAGUUGCAAUACACCGAUCCCAAGAGUCAGUCAUUGAACAUCAGCAAAUCUAUCUGCAUAUUGUCUCACUGGCCGUUUUUCGAUAUGUUCGAGAGAUUUUUGGUAUUUCUGCACAGCAUGGUAAACGGCAAACCGCAAAGUGUCCCGAUUGAAAAAUACAUCUCGUAUUUUUUAUGCGACAUACCGUUUCCGAGUCCGCAACGGCCGAGAAUCUUGGUACGGCUGAGCAGUCAAGACAGACUGAUCUUGACCCAACCGGAAGACUUGGCUCUGCCUAGAUCAGGUGCAAGUUUCAAGCAGCUGCUGAUAAACUUGGGACCUGACAAUUGUUUGUUGAUAUUGUUAUUAAUAUUGACCGAACAGAAAAUAUUGGUUCACUCCUUACGUCCGGACGUACUUACUUCAGUGAGCGAGGCCAUUGCCAUGAUUCUAUUUCCCUUCAAGUGGCAGUGUCCUUACAUACCGUUGUGUCCUCUAGGAUUAGCAGAGGUAUUACAUGCACCAUUACCAUUUCUAAUCGGCGUAGAUUCAAGGUUCUUUGAUCUGUACGAUCCUCCUUCCGACGUCAACUGCAUAAAUCUGGACACGAAUAAUAUAGCGAUUUGCGACGAUAAGAAAUAUCUAAAUGUUAAGUUACUACCUAAAAAAGCAGCUAGACAACUCAGAAAUUGUUUGGAGCUUUUAUCGUCGAAGAUUAUUUUGUGGGGAAAAACUAACUGUUCUCAGAAAGAUAGAGGAGAUGAAGACUUCAGUGUCGACAGAGAGUUUCAACAAAAGCGAAAGGAGCAAGCUUUGGAGCUCGAAAUACAGGAAGCGUUUUUAAGAUUUAUGGCAACAAUUCUCAAAGGAUACCGAAGCUAUCUGUUACCGAUUACAAAAGCGCCUACAGUAGGAACAACAGAUCCGACGAGUUUGUUUAACAUCCAAGCGUUUUUGAGGAGUCGCGACAAAGCUCACGCCAAGUUUUACAUGAUGCUCGCCAAAACCCAAAUGUUCAUCAGAUUCAUAGAAGAAAGAAGUUUCGUAUCCGAUAUGGACAUGGCGGGAUUAGCAUUUUUCGACGAAUGCACAGAACGGGUUGAAGAGGAAAAUGUGACUCUUCUGGAACUGGAUGAAUCUCAACACAGUGAACGUACAGUAUUUAUACCUACUCCUGAAGCGGGUACGAAUCAAACACCAAUAAUAUACAAUUCAUUCAAACUGAACCCGGAUCUUAUGAGGCCUCAGAAGAACUUUUGUUUGAAAAAUCCAGCUUUAAGUGCCUUUGGUAUGGUACCUGGGAGUCCUAUGGCUCGUAGAACGAAGCACGAAAUUAAAGUUGCUCAAAGGAUGGCGCGAAAACAAGCUGCGAUGCCCGACAGAUGGGGUAGAUGUUUGCUUGGUACAUGUUACAGUCUUUGGUUUUUACAUUUGCCAGCUAUGUUGCAAGUUUCGAGUCAGCCUGCCGCGAUUUUGCAUCAGGCUUACGAACUGUUAGUCAAAAUGCAGAAAUUGCGUCUCGAUCCCAUGGAAGAGGUGUGCUACAGAGCUAUGAUGCAGCUUUGUGGUGUGUACGGGCAACCAGUUUUAGCUGUGAAGUUACUGUUUCAUAUGAAACGCAGUGGUGUUCAGCCUAAUGCUUUAACAUAUGGCUUUUACAAUAAGGCUGUUCUCGAAGCAACAUGGCCUUCAGAUAUGACAAACUCGAGUCAGUUGAUGUGGAACAAAUUACGAAAUGUGAUUGUAGGUGCAGCUUUGUUCAAAAAGGCUGGAAAAAAGAGCGCUAGAAGACGACUGAGUUCUAACGUGGACUUCUUAACCGCCGAUAAGACUGAAGGCAUGGAGCAUGCUCUUUCUCGGUCUAGUCUCGACAGUUCCCAUUCACAAGACACCGAAGCUGCACACAGUGAUUCUACUAAAGGUAGUUCGGUCUCGGAUUUACCUGGAUUCGGAACGUUCGAAUUAAAAGCUAAGCUCCUUCGGCAGAAUAGCAUAGUGAAAGAUCAAGCAACAUUAAACAUGUUACAAUCGGAUGAAUUGGAUCAGGCGCCCAGUAAUCCAAGGCUAACGCGCAGUGUUGAAUCACCAUUAAAAAGUCCCAUACGCACACCAGUUACGGAAAAUGACCCAUUGGGUGCUCUCAUUAAUGACGAAACACCGAUUGUGUCACCUUCCGAGGAGAAUGACUCAAAUUGCUCAACAAGUACUUUAACCGUUUUAAAUAAUACGACUGAAGAGAGACCAGGAGGGCCACUCUUAUUUAGAAGCAACAUCCUCCCACGUAGUGCGACCUUUCAUCAAGCGGUAGAUGAAAGUGGCAUGACGGUGGGCGGGCAUCUGCAGAGAAGUGAGACGAUGCCUCACUCUGUCGCGGAACAAGGGGAACAGGAGAGAGAAAAGGAGAGACUGGAAAUAAGCAGUCUCUGGUCUCAGAAUAAGGAUAGUGUUACAUCCAGCCUCUCUAGCUUAGGAUCUAGUCUUAAACUUAGUUUCGGACGAUACUCCACGGGCGGAUUGGCCUUUGCUAAAAAUAAGGAUUUAAUAUCAUCGAAUCAACUUAUUGAAUCUCUUAGCCUCUCCAGCUACAUCAGCCCGUCAAGCUUAACAGGAAAGAAGUCGAACGAAAUAAUACUUGGCGGUUUGAACAGUUUGAAAUCCGCCGCGACGACCGUCGUGAAGAAAUUCGACGAAAUAAAAGAGGCAAUCUCGGCGAACAGUACACCGGUAAAAAACAAAGAACGUGAACAAAAACUAGCCUACGGGAUAUCGCACGAGUCACUAGAUUCUCUCACUGACGGAUCCUUGCAAGAUCGCAAUGAAACUUCCAUCAGAGCAGCAGGUGAUGGAAAUUUAGAUCUGUGCUCGCUGUACGAACUCGCGGAAUGUCUGUAUCCGAAGAGCACUAGAGAGGUCGAGGAACGUCUUGCCAUUGAGCUUGUGCUUUCCAGUGCCAGUAGGUGUCAUCAUUGCGCCGCCAUUCUAUACGACGAGGAGAUUAUGGCUGGCUGGCAGCCGGAAGAUUCAAACUUGAACACCGUCUGUCAGUAUUGCGACAAGGCUACCGUGCCUCUUCUCACGGUUACAAUAUUAGAUUACAGAUGCGAAACGAGCGAAAAGAAUAACGAUCCUUUAAUGGGAGCAUUGGUGGAAUUGCUGGAUCAACCGAAAGAAAUGGAUCCGAUAACUGUGCCGUAUCUGAAUCCGUUGGUUUUGAGAAAAGAAUUGGAAAGCGUGCUGGGUCAAGAAGGGGACGCUUGUCUCACCAAAUAUAGGUUUAUUCAGGAACACCCGAUAGUGUAUUGGAAUCUGAUCUGGUAUUUCGAAAGGAUCAAUUUAACAAGUCAUUUGCCUGAUCUCUGGUUGAAUAGCGAUAAAAAUUCACAACUUCAAAGAACCAUAGGAUCGGUCGGUGUCCGAACCAUGUGGGAUAACGAGCGGUUGCACAUGGAUCGUUUGCCUAUGUAUCUUCAAUGGAAAAUGGAUUCUACGGAGGAUAGAACUUUGAUGCAGACGGUGAUAAAAUAUGUCAGUUGCAACGACCUAGCGGAACCUAUUAUAAGAGUGGCCUUAGAAAGAAGUAAACAUCAAACAAACGAUCAUCCGUUUUCUAUAUACAGAGAUAUUCUUUUCCUAGCGUUUACUGUACUGGGCAGAACGAAUAUUGACCAGGGCGUCUUUGACAGGGAGUACAGUUUAUCGCUGGACAAGUUUUCCGAGAACGAGGAGAAAUUUCUGCAUAAAAUCGACGCGCCACCGACGAUGAUGUCGAUGUACUGCAGGCAUUACUUCAAGCAAUUAAACGUGUGAAGACCGCGAUCUCGGACCGCGAAGCUCGAGAAAUAAUGCUCCGUUCGAAACGUCAAAGGAAAUGCGACUUUGUGAACAAUAAAAGCUCGCGAACACAUGAGCGUUGCAAGUUUUUGUUUUUGCCUUUAUACGAGUGCGCACAGAAUUGAAUGUGCGCGCGAGGAAUGAUGUCAAGAAAUUACGUUUCAUCCGGUCUCGAAAUUCGUCUUUGACGCGACGUAACGUGACGCGUACGCGCUACAUGUUGAAUGUUUAUUAUUAUCUAACACGGAAGGAUUGUAUUAUUAUUAUUAUUAAUAUUAAUAUUAUUAUUAUUAUUAUUAUGUUAUCGAUUAUGUGUGUGUGUGAUUUUUUACGCUCGAGUCCGAUCAAUAGCGCGAUUUAUUUCUCAAGUGUUAGAAAUUACGUUUCAGCACGCAGUAGUAGCGUCAAUGAACACGCAAAAGAAGAACUAACGUAUCUCGUUUUUAUUUUUCUUUUUUUUUUUUUUUUUUUCUCUCACGAGAUUCCGCUUAACUCGCCGAUUACUCGUAAUUACUUACUCUUUGCUUGCGCAGAAAUAUUAAACGUCGGAUCGCGUCGGAUUCGGGCUUUGUUUUUAUUUUAUUGCGUCGUGAGAUUCUCAAAUUCCGGCUUACGCACGCAACCCGAACGGAAAUAGUUUUUUAUCGGGCCGGUCGCAUCAACAAUCGUUUGAGCGCUAAUCGCGGUUUAGCUGAGUUUUCCUUACCGAUCCGUAUUGCGGCGAGAAAGGCUGUGAUAUCUAGAGAGAGGAAUGGAGAAUUACUGCGACCGUAAUUAAAAAAAAAAAAAUAAAAAAUAAAAAAAAAGUCGAUGCUACCGUAAUAUCAGAUCGGUGCAAUAAGGUGUGUUGAACGAUAACAAUUCGAUUUUAAUUAAAUUUGUACACCGCCGCGAUCGGAUACGCGGUGAGGGAAGAGACAGAGAUUUUCUUCGUCCGAAUAGCCGAUCGCCGACGCGGUACAGCGUCUCUCUGAUCUUCGUACGUUUAUAUUGUAAAAUGACAAUUGUUCAUAAUCCUCAGUUAUCAGUUACUUCUCAUUUUUAUUAUUUCCAAAUCGGAUUCGCAUGCCUCUGAUUUGUGAUUUAAACAAGACUCGCAGCGCAUCUAAGCGGUAUCUAAGAGUACAACGUCGAAAAAGAAAAAAAAAAACAAAAAACAAAAAGUGUGUUGAGUACCAAAGAGUUUUUCACGGAUUGUAAAGCGACUGCAGAAGUUCAAUUCCCUCCAGGUGUGCUGUGACUUUUAAAUACGUUUCAGUCCGAACAUACACGUAAUAUCCGCAACGUGUAAAAAAAAACAAAAGGAAACAAAAAAGAAAAAAAAAAAAAAAAGAAAACAAAGUUGUCGAUCCGAGUAUUAAAACGGAAGACAGUCUUUUAAUAUACCGACUAUUUUUUUUACUGCGAAAAGAGAGUGAAAGAAAAAAGUGAGAGAGAGAGAGAGAGAAAGAGAGAGAGGGAGAGCGAAAGAUAUCGCUCUCCGACAUGCAGUAUUCUUUCCUCUUGUACUCUUAGAUAGAAACAAUCGUUUGUUUGCACGACGGACGCAAGAACGUAAGGUAUCGUUUCAAACUUUAAACGUCCCAAGGUGAAAAGUGUCGACGAACGGUGGCGUUCGACUACUCGACUACUGAUUAAUCCUCGAAAGCAAAAUAAAUAAAUUUUAGCAUUGAGAGUAAAAAUAUUUUUAUGAAUUUUUAGACAUUCUCGAUGAGCAUUUGUAAUAGCUUAGCGAAAACUUAGUUAGACAAAAAUCGCUGUCCACGAUUUAUAUUCUACAUAUGUAUCGUCGACACGGGAUGACAAUGAGAUUAUUAUUCGUCGCGAGAAUUGUAGAAAACUCGUGAACGCGGCCUUUUUAGCGCAGCGCACUUUUCACCCUGGACGCACCGCGGAUGAUGAUUCAUUCAUUUCAAUACUAUGAAUGUAGAUUACGAGAAUAAAGCCAGUUGAAGUAUUUUACAGAA